AUGUCAGGAGCAGAUAAAGCUGCUGCGAAGGGUUCUCUUGCUCUCCACAGACUCUCAUCAUCGACUUCCUUCUAUAGUUGCGUCAGCUUUGAUGACACAGGAGAGGAGCAUCCACAAAUUACAGCAAGUGUGGAAAUUUUACCAGCAUCACCUCAUGUUUCCAUAAAUGUAAAUUUGGAUGGUGAGAACGAAAAUUCUAUCAAUGAUGCAAAACUCCAAGAAGCAAACAUUGCCAGGAUGGUAAAGGAGAAGGACUUGGAUUCUAUACAGAAGUUUGGAGGCAUCAAAGGAAUUUCAGAAGCUCUGGAUACUGAUUUAGAGACUGGAAUCCGUCACUCUAGACACAGAGCUAGCACACUUUCCACAACACAGACUCCUGAACGAGGCUUCUUCAAAUUUCUCUUAAAGUAUUGCAGUAAUUGCAUCAUUUUCCUUCUAUUCGUCUCUGCAGUGCUGUCACUUGGGUUUGGGAUCGAGGAGGAUGGUCUCAGGACUGGUUGGUAUGAAGGAGUCAUCAUAAUUAUUGCCAUCGUCAUACUUGUGGCUGCUCCUUCGCUACGUGACUUCUGGCUUGAACAUUCAUGGAAGAUGUCAGGAAAGCAGAAGCCAUUGGAAGUUGAUGUCCUCAUAGGGGGGCACCCACAGAAAGUACACAUGGGCGAUGUUUUGGUGGGUGACAUAGUAUGCCUGAAGAAGGAAACUCUAAUCCCUGCUGAUGGUUUGUUCAUAUCUGGUGAUCAGCUUCUAAAACUAAAUGAUGGUCUAGAGUCCACCAUUGAUGAUAGGAACCCAUUUCUGUUCUAUGGCGCAAAGGUGGUUGAUGGAAGUGGGCGCAUGCUAGUUACAUCUGUGGGAAUGGACACCACAUGGAGUCAGCUGAUGGGCCGGGUCAUCCAUCCCCGCCACAAGACCUCAUUACCAGCUGAGCUUGACAGGGUGAGCAUUCGCACACAAAUUACUGGGCUUUCAAUCUCAAUCCUCAUCCUUGUAGUGUUGUUCCUCCGGUUUAAGUUUAAAAAGCAAUUAGAUGUUGGCUCGAACCUCCCAGAGCUGAAGGGGGGACCAAUUGGAAGCAAGGAGAUAAUAGAUGCGACUAUGAGAUUUGUCAUGAAACUAAAUGGGAAGACCAGAACCUUAACAACUUCACUUACUAUAUUGCUGGUUGGAGUGACGGAAGGAAUGCCUUUUGUGGUCGCACUCACCAUCGAUUAUUGGAACAAGAAAAUGCUGUCUGACAAGGCUGUUGCUCAAGAACCUUUGGCUUGUCUCACCGUGGCUUCAGUCACCACUAUCUGCAUUGACAAAACUGGCUGGCCAACACUAGACCCGUCGGCAGAUGAGGUGUGCAGGACAGAGACAAGAAGUGCAAUUGAAGGGUGGAAAAAGAAUGGAGUUAACAUCAUACUGGUUUCAGAAGAUGAUGUGUCAGUGUUGGAAGACAUAGCUCUCAGAUUUGGACUGCUUGCCAAUUCAAAGAGAUCAUCUGCGCUUGAAGGUGAACAGUUUCAGAAUUACAGCAAUGAAGAGAGGAUGAAUGAAGUAGAUAAAAUCAUGGUGAUGGGAAGCUCCUCCCCUUCUCACAGGCUCCUUCUGGUGCAGUGUUUGAAGAAAAAAGGCCACAAAGUAGCAAUGGUUGGUGUCAAAACAAAUGAGAUUCCAGCACUAAAGGAAGCUGAUGUGUGCAUUGUGAUGGGAAUUUGUAGCAGUGAAAUGGACACACAGAAUUCUGACAUCAUCAUCAGGGAUGGAAAUAUCAGUUUCUUGGUCACUAUUGUCAUCUGUGGAAGAUGUACUUAUGACAACAUUCGGAAGUAUAUCCAACUUGUGCUCACCAUGAAUAUUGCAGGGUGGUUGAUAACCUUGAUCACAACCAUUUGUUUUGGAUAUUCUCCAAUUACGGCAAUCCAAUUGCUCUGGGCAAACUUCUUUGUGACCCUUCUAGGUGGCUUUGCAUUACUUACAGAGCCAACAACAGAGAAACUAAUGGAAAAGCCUCCAAUGAUCAGACAAAGUGAACCACUGAUCACCAAGGCUAUGUGGAGAAACCUAGUCAGUCAAGCUCUAUAUCAGGUUGCCAUCUUGGUGACCAUCCAAUUCAAAGGGAAAGCUAUCCUGGGCAUAAGCGAGGAUGUUUGUAAAACCAUCAUCUUCAAUACUUUUUUUCUCUGCCAAGUAUUCAACCAAGUCAAUGCAAGAGAGCUGGAGAGGAAGAAUGUAUUUAGGGACAUUCAUUCUAACCCUUGGUUUUUGGUGGCUGUGGUUCUCAUUGUGGGGCUGCAGGUGGCUUUUAUUGAGAUUGCACAUUUCUUUGUUGGCAAUGCAAGAUUGAAUUGGGUGCAGUGGUUCGUCUGUCUUGUAAUUGGGAUGGUUUCAUGGGCUAUCGAUUGGGCUACAAAGUACACAUCAGGCUGCAUCAUGGAUUGCUUUGAUGGGUCACAUAUGAGAACCUUUGGUACGACACCCUCUGAUCCCUCAGAAUCUGCAACUCUCGAGCUGCCACUCAUGAAUGGAAACUUGACACCAGUCUCAUCUUAGUUUAUACUGAUUUCCACUUUUAGCAUACAAAGAGGCAUGUAGAAACAUAAUUACCAGGUGUAGUUCUAUAUGGGGAGUCAGGGCACGAUUGAUUUAGGAAACACCACGAUUUUAUGUGUUUGCCAAAUUUAGAUGACUUUUCCAGCAUUAGAUUUUCUUUGAUUGUUCUAAUUUUUCUUCUUUGAUGGGAGAUUUUCUUACCUUUUAUUUACUUUUUUUGGAUGUUGUUAUAAGUUGUGAACCAUUGUAACGAAUAAUUCAGUUUUUUAUUUACAUAGAUUCUCAUCAUAGCUUCUUCUUUUUUUCCCUCAAAUUCGCUUGCUUUAAUGUUCUGUUUGCUUUUGUGUUCCUUUUCUCAUGCCAGGAACAGUGUGUGCAAAUUUCUAAUUGAACUCCCUCUCUAAGCACCAUAUAUAAAGAUUUGUAAAUCUGGCAAGUAAAAUAGACCAAGUUCUGAUAUAAAGAACAGCAAAAUAAAUUAGAGAGAGAAAAACAGCCAUAUUCAUAACCCUGCAUGCAGUUCUGAAGGAUUUCAACAAACAGCCAUAUUCAUUCUCUUUGAAUUACUAAAGAGAGA